GGGUGCGGUGACGUCAUGCGUUCGUAAAGGGGAGGGACGAAGAAUAGCUACUUGAAGGGAGCCUAAAAACGAAAAGUCUUGAGCCGGGGUACUUCUUAGCAUCCCAGUCUUCCUCUCUGAAUCUUCUCUUUCGGUUAAGCUCUUAGACAUCCAACAUGGGAGACGAGGACAAAAAAGAGAAGAAGAAGAAGUCCAAGAAGAAGGAUGCAGGUGAAGAAGAAGCCGCCCCUGCUCCCGCUCCCGCUCCCGCUUCCAAGCCCGCUUCCCAAAAAAGGAAAGCUCAAAGAUCAGGCAGCAAUGUCUUCGCCAUGUUUACCCAGCACCAGGUCCAAGAGUUUAAAGAGGCUUUCCAACUCAUCGACCAAGACAAAGAUAACUUCAUUUCUAAGAAUGAUAUCAGAGCAACAUUCGAUUCCCUCGGCCGUCUGUGUACAGAACAGGAGUUAGACUCCAUGAUGGCAGAAGCACCCGGCCCCAUUAACUUCACUAUGUUCCUUACCAUCUUCGGAGACAGAAUAGCCGGAACUGACGAAGAAGAUGUCAUUGUCAAUGCUUUCAACAUGUAUGAUGAAGGAGAAGGAAAAUGCAAAGAAGAAACAUUGAGACGAGCUCUUACCACCUGGGGUGAGAAAUUCUCCGAAGCAGAGGUUGAAGAGGCUUUGUCUGAAGCUCCCAUUGACAACGAUGGACUCAUUGACAUCAAAAAGUUCGCCAACAUCCUGACCAAGGGAGCUGAAGAAGAGGAAGGAGGUUAAACAGCAGCUAAUUUUCAGAUGGGAAGAUUUCAAGGCGAUACUUACACAGCGCCAGCGUCCUUCUAGCAAUGCGGAAGAGAACUCUUUUCAUCUUUUCUUCAGUAGCUGCACGAGAAGAUCUGUGCUUUCACUUACAAACAUUUCUAAAGGCUUUUAGAAGAAGCUAUCACCUUGAAAUCUUGUACUCAACAGUUUUUGUUGACACAUUUAUCUACUGAAAUAAAAACGAAAAGUUUUACUUUUUACAA